UGAACUGAUUGCCUUAGUACGGCGUCGCUUUUACCCAAAAGUCUAAUCUAAACCAUGGCCGACCCGAUUGGCCCAUUGGACCUUGCUAAGCUGGGUCAUUUUAUUCCCCCAUUUCGGGCUUCUCCCCGGUUCCUUUUUCCAACCCGAUAGCCUGCUCCAUCAGUUCUACCCAUCUUCUGCAAUGUCUAUCGUCAGUCGUCCCUCCCUACUAGAAUCAGUCAAGCAACAAAUUGGCGCCUGACUAGCAGCAACAAGCAUUUCAUAAUAUCAUCGUUGUGUUCGUUGUGGAUUAAUCAUGGCCACUACUGAGAUUCAGAACCAAGUUCCUAAGAUGAGACAAAGGCCAAUCGUGCGUUUGGGAGUCUUGCUCAUCUCACACAGUCUCCUUGUCAGCGUAGUCUGCUGUACAGCAGGAGUUUUGGCUCUGUUACUCUUACCUGUUCUUGCCAAAAAAACCUACAUUUCCGAAAACGCUCUCAUGCCAGGUUCUGCGAGUUCCAUGAUUUCUAAUCAGGAAGUUUCUGAGGCAAAUGAAUUGAUUAAGGAUAUCACUAGCUUGUAUUCGAAACCUUCCACUGCAGCCAUCGAAAGUCGAAGACUCAUAGCCCAGUAUAUAUCUAACUUGGGUGCUGAAGUUAAUUAUCACAAAUUCCACCCUCAAGCUAAUGAAUUUCAUCCACUGCGUUUUUUCUCUAGCCCUGACUCUGGGAUAUUACAAGAGAACUUUAGUUGUGCAUCUUAUGGUUUAAACACUGUUGGAGUAAUAAGAGCACCUCGUGGUGAUGGGAAGGAAGCUAUUGUCUUGGUGACUCCCUAUAAUUCUGUCAAGGGUGGUGUGCGAGAGGCUUUGUCCUUGGGCAUUGCGUACUCAGUAUUUUCCUUGCUUACCCAAGUUACUUGGCUGGCCAAAGAUAUUAUAUGGCUUGUUGCUGAUUCUCAGUAUGGAGAAUAUGCUGCUGUUACUUCUUGGCUAAGAGAUUAUCACACUCCAGUAUUUAGUGAUUUGAGCAUACUAAAUACGGAAUUGUGUGAUGAUGGAAGUAAUAUAUUGGAAUUGAAUGAAAAUUCAAAUUUAGAAAGAUUGAUAUCCUAUGAAUUUAGGCGCGCUGGGACUAUGGCUGCUGCCUUGGUCUUGAAGGUUGCUUAUAGAAAUGAAGUCCAGGACACUCUUAGUAUUUUUGCUGAGGCAUCCAAUGGCCAGAUGCCAAACUUGGACCUCAUCAACAUAGUGAAUUAUUUAGCUGUACAUAGGCAAGGUUAUCAUGUAAAGGUAGAGAAAUUUUGGUCUCUACUUAACUCCAAAUGGCUGAAGAUUUUGGGUGAAAUGUUUGAAUCACUUGGAAAAUUUGUGAAAAGCUUGAAUCCUGAUUGGAAAUUUGGUAUCCCAGUGGCAGAUUAUAUUGAAGGAUGUGCUACGCUUGCAAGUUCAUUAUAUUAUCAGGCAAUCGGUGUUCCCACAGGUCCCCAUGGUGCUUUUCGUGAUUACCAAGUUGAUGCAAUAACUUUAGAAAUUUCACCUAGAGUUUCUUUUAAUAACGAGGACAGGCGUAAUGACUUCCUUCUACAAGGUGGCCGGUUGAUUGAAGGAGUUAUACGAUCAGUAAAUAACCUCCUUGAGAAGUUUCACCAGUCAUUUUUCCUAUACUUGUUAACAUCUCCUAGUAAGUUUGUGUCGAUUGGAGUCUACAUGAUCUCAUUUGCUCUCCUUGUAGCACCACUUCCUGUGGUUGCCGCAUCUCUCUAUGCUGAGACUCAUAAUUUGACUCCUACUUCAGAGAAAGAAAAGUCUGCUGCUGAUGAUGAGUUUGGCAGUGUUCUCAGAUCAUGGAAAUGGCUUAAUUCAGCCAAAAGUGUGUUUAUAGUGCACUUAUGGGGUGCUAUGGUGUCUUUACUUCCAUAUUUCAUCUCCCAAAUACCCAAUUGCCCCUCAACAACCAACUUUCAUCUCUGGUUUCUGCUUUCAGUGCUCAGCCUGGUAGUCUUAAACUGGAUUUUGGGUUCUCCAUUUUCUCAAUUGUGUGGACUUCAACCUCAAGAAGAAUGGGCCAUCUUGAAAUCAGUGACUAUCUCAGCUCUCUUCAUUGGCUUGGGUCUCAUGUCUGUGAUUAAUUUUGCUACUGCUGAAUUUGGGGCUUUAUUAAUGGUCCCAACAUCUCUGAUGGCUCAUUCUCUGAAACUUGAUGUCAAAGGCAGGAGAUUCCUAAGUUUUUCAAGGGCAAUUUGCAAUCUGGUUCUUGUGGUUAUCACUUUCCCCCCAGCUACAUAUUUUAUAUUGAAGGGUAUGUUUGAAGGCUUCAGUGGCAUUAAUGCUGGUGACUUCUGGAAUUGGGUUGAGUCCCUUUGGGCAUGGAACAGUGCUACUUACCUCUAUAUAGGUAUGGUUCACCUUCCUUGCUGGGUAUUAUGUGUUCAGAUUUUAUUUUAUGCUUGUUAACAUGUGUCAACCAAAUUUGUCUGUUUGUUAACGACUAUUAGACCUGCAAAUUGGAAGAUCCUGGGAAUUUUAAUUCAAUCUAUAUGUCAUCUUAUCUGA